UCGUGCUCAGGAUAUGCCUGUCCAGAAACAAAGAUCAGACACACACAGAGUCUGGCUUUUGCGACUCUUUCGUAUCAUGCUGCGUCGUUGGUCCGAAAAUCGAUCUUACUGGAUCGUCACAAUCGCGAUGGACAGUAACAAACGGCACACAAGAAGUGGAGCAAUCCUGACGAUGGCCCACUGAGCUUACUCUAUUGAGGGCGUGUGUGCUCAGCAAAAGUGUGCUGUGCCACGAUUCGUCUGGGCACGGCGUCGAUGCGCCGCAAGAUAGAGGCCUAACGGAAGCAGAUGGACACACCAACCUGAUGAACGGCUGUUCGGUCCCUAGACCCACCUGUCCUGUGAAGACGUGAUGAGACUGUAGGAGCGCUUACUCGGGUGCCCUAGAUGCGUCAAAGAGCAUGUCGUUCAGUGAUCGACGUAAGCGGAUCCUCCAAUCUGACCGACUCGAAAAGUUUGUUCAUGAUGAUCAUGCCCGAUUAGAAGAGUGGGUGACCGAAAAAGAAAACAUCUUACGCCGGAGGUCGGGUUGCUGUUCCUUUGCGAGUUCGUCAACUGUAAUCAUAGCUUGUAAUCCGACGCUGAGUGUGUGCUGCCAGCACAUCAUUCUGCUCGCUCUGAAGUACACAGUGACUUCGCGGACACGGUGUGAUACCUACCUCGAAGCUGAAUUCGGUCUGGCUGGCUGAUGUUGAAUCUCGAAGUUGGUUCGGGAUAAUCAGGCGGGAACAUAGCUCUUACCUGAAACAUG